AUGUGGAACCUAAUUAACUACAACUACACCGAAGGAAAUUCAAGUGGCCAGGGCAAAGAAAACGGAAAUGAUAAUGACAACCCUAAUGGAGAAAAGGAAAACGAUGAGAAAAAUAAUGAACAAAAAAGUAAUGAUGAAAAUCAAAAUGAAUCACAACAAGAAAAAAAAUUAGGAUCAAAACAUAUCGUCAGAGUGAUCGAUGAAGAUGGAAAUAACAUUGUUGAUAAAACUCUCGGAGAUGACAUAAACGAAAUAGAAGAUGAUUCAGCAGAUAAAAAGAAAAAGAAAAAAAACAAAAAAACAAAAAAACAUUUGACUAGUGAAAAUAGGGAUAAAUCACCUUUCCUCAGUGAUCUUAGUUCCUACGCUGAUUAUUACACAAGUGAUGAUGAGAGAAAAAAAAAAGAAUUUCUUGUAACGAAUGAGGAUGAUUCAUUUGAUCACCAGGUGUAUGAGGCGCCUUCUCGUGUGAAGGAAUACAAUGUGUUCUUGAACACGGGUGAGGAUAAUGAAAAUGUGGCCACUGUUGACGAAGCAGAUUAUGACAAUCCAAAUGGCGAUAACUCUGCUAGGAACAAUCUCGAUGUUGAUAAUUUGACUAAGAAUAAUCCCGAUGGUGGUCAAUCAAGUGAGAACCAGAUUCUGAGGCAGGAAUACACCUCAAACGUGGCCAACGAAUGGUUCUUCGGAAAAAUUAAGGAAAUGCUAGAACCAUCGAUAAAUCAAGAGAGUAUUAGUGAAAUAAUAACGAACAAAUAUAACAGUUUCAAUGAAGGGAAUUCAGGCAUUUUUCAUCUCCUAGAAAAUUUACUAAUUCGAACAAGUACUCAAGAAAAAUUAGAAUUAAAUAAAAAACAAAAAAGUACCUAUCUAUAUAAUCACUACAAUUCAAUGGAUUCAUCUGUAAACGAUAGUUACAAUUUCGUUAACUAUUCCAUUUAUUGUAUUAAUAAAGAAUUAGCUGCUAAUGUCGAAUUGGAGGCUACCAAAAUGAUAAAAAUCUAUAAUUAUGCAUUAAACAAAUUUAAAAAAGAUAUUAAUUUUAAAGAUGAUAUUUACGCAGACCUAGAAAAUGAAGCGGAUGAAGUAUCCACACUAAUAAUUAAUGAGAAAAACAACCAAAAAAAAAGAAUACCGAAAAUUGAUUUCCUCAUUUUAAUAAAUAUUAAUAGCGACAAUUACAACGAUAUAAUCGAAUCUCACAAUGUACAAACUCCCAAGUUGAAACUAGAGGAUAUUUUUAAAAUCAGCGUAAAUUGA